UCCAAGCCAAAUCGAAGCCCUGUAAAAAUGUACUAAAGAGUAGUCCUUGAGUUCAGCCGACGCUUUGUCAGUUGGAUUUGCUUGGGGCCUUAACUCAGAGCCAAAAGAGUCACAGAGUAGUUCAGUUCACAUUUUUCUCCCUCUAGCAACAAACCAAAUUCACAGCAAACAAAUUUACAAAGUAAAGAUGUCGAAGGCAACCAAGCUGCGAUUCGCACUGAUCACCGAGGAUGCGCUGGACAAGCUGAGGCCCCGCUCCCAGUCGGAAAAUGCGCGUUCCAAGUACAUGAAUGACAUAUAUGAUGCCAUCAGGACGGCGGUCAACGAGGUGGUGGACGAGAAGAUGCAGCAGUUGAAUGCCACCGUCAAUCGAAUGGUGGAGAAGCGAGUGGGCCAAAUUCUGGACUACCACCUGGUCAGCGAGCCGUUGGCGGGACGCAGUAGCUCAGUGGGAAGGAAGAGGGAUACCGAUCAGAAGGGAGCUGCGACUGCCGCCCCAGACGAAUCAGUUAGCUCGCUGAGAUUCUCCAGUCUCAAACGUGGUCGCAGCAAGAAGCCUAAUCCCACCAAGGACCAUGUGACCUUCGCCCCCGACGAUCAGCUGACCAGGAGGUCCAGGACCAAGUCACAGAAAAUCACUGUAAUGCCCAUUCAUCGGGAGAACCAGGUGAAGAGCACAACGUCGAACAGCAACCACAGCAGUCCGUCCAUGACGACACCUGCACCACCACUCAGCAUGGAUCACAAUAAGCUGGAUGAUGACGAUUUCGAUAAUUUGCCUGAUGUGGAGGAACCCUCCAUCCUCAGCAUGACUGCCAAAUAUCUCAAGAAACUCGAGGAUGCCCGCCGUCGCAGGCAGCUGCACUAGCUUACAUACCCUGUACUUCAACUUGUGUUGGGAUACCCGGCUUUCUCCAAGCGAGCGUCCCUAUGCCAUUAAACAAUGGGAAUGGGUUAAGAGUAUAAAUUAAUGCGGUUUUAAUGUAUAUAAUAUAUAAGUGGGCACGUCCUCCU